GCCCACCACUUUUGGGUCAGUAAAAAACUGGAAAUCUGAGACACUGGACCAGGUGGGCAGGUUCCUUUUCUUCUUAUCCAAGGAAGUCAUUCAGCUGAUCAAUGCGACCCUCAUGACCCAGGAACGGAUUGAACGACUCUUCCUGAGCCAACAGGAGUGGGAAGCAGGGGAAAUUGGAGGACUAUGCAUUCAGGGCACUGACCAAGCUGAGCUGCAGAGAAUGUUUGAGAGGCGUCAAUUUGUGCUUCAGUUCUUCUUGGGUUUCCUGAGGCCCGGUCAGCUGUCUUUGGCACUGGUUCCCAGCUGUGAGAAUCUACACACAACACAGCCAUCAGCCUGGACUGUGGACAGUUUGACUGGUAUGCCAGCAGAAGCCUUUGCCAGAUGCCUGGAGCUGAUUGGCCAGGACCCCUUCCUGACCCAAUACCAACUGACGCAGCUCCUUAGCAAAGUCAAAAAGAUCUACGGGCCUGUGUCGUCCUUCUCCCCCUCUGUAAUUGCACAGUUGGGGCGCAUAGCUCUCCGGCUGUCAGAUGAUGAGCUGCGGUUACUCAACCUGUCAGAACUCAGCUCCAUUGCCACAUUUGGCGCAGUCGAUGGCUGGAGCCCUAGACAGCUCUCCAUCCUGUUCUCCUCAGUGCUAAACUCAACCAAGUUGAGCCCAAACCAGCUGGACUCCAGCACCUUGGUGGCCUUGGGUCAUAUUGUGUGUGGAAUUAAGACCUCUGAUAUGCAGAAUUUGAAAGCUGUUGAGUUAAGUAAGGCUGUGUUGUGGCUGGGUCGCCUCAGGCUCUUGUGUUCAGAGGAACAGCUGCAGGUUUUGGUGGGGCUGCUGAGUAAUAGUCUUGCCUUUGGACACAUCGGCUCCUGGGGCCCUGAGGUCUUCAUUGAAAUCGGGUCCUUGGCAGCGGGACUACCUGACAUAGCCAUGUCAGCUCUGGUGAAAGACCAGAUUGAAGGAAUCACCCCCUUGGCUAUCUCCCUUGUCCCAGACAAAAAGUUUGCUGUGGCAUUUAAUCAGGCCCAGAUUCGCACAUUCACCUAUGAGCAAGCUGUGGCUGUGACUGAGGCCCAGCGUGCUGCCCUGUCUACAGUGCAGCAGACAGCUUUGUCCAUGGUGCUGACCCCUUGGGAAGACAAACCUGUUGACUUCCGUGGUAAUUACUCAUCCAACACCCCACCUCUUGUUGGGGCAGCUGAUGGUGCAAUGAUCUGUUACCUUCAGAUCCAAAUGUUAUAG